AUGCACCAGUGCAAAUCCCUAAAUGAAUCGUCGAUAGUAGCCAGCUUGUCCGAUGAAACGCUGCAAGUUCUUGUUGUUCUGCGGAGUCUGCCAGUUUGUGACAGCUUCGAUCUUGCGAGCGUCGACUUGCAGACCUUCGGCCGAAAUGAUAUGACCCAAGAACUCAACAAACCGUUUGCCGAAUGA